UUAGCUAGCUAGCUAACAAUUAGCUGGCAAUUUUUUAUUUAUUUAUUGCUAUAAAUACAAAUAUAUUAGAGUUAGGUUAGCAAGUUACAGUACUAGAGUUACGUCAGCACAACUAUGGAAAACAACAGUUCAUGAUGUAAUCAAUAUCCGAUAUACAUUUAAUUCUGCGUUGUUACCAGGUUACCCUUGCUAGCUAACGCUACUUUCAUUUGCCUAUCAAAAGAACCUUGGAUAAUUUUUGAACUAACUACUUUUUUACCGACAGUCUUGCUUGCUUAGUUGCAGCCCAUCAACUCAGACAUCAAGUGAAGUCAAAGGGCCAGCCUCUGUAAUCUGAGCAGAAUGAGACAGAGCCCAAGAAGGCCCCUGAUCCUCAAGAGGAGGAAGCUGCCUUUCCAGGGAAAUGAACCAGCACUUGAUGGCUCAAUUGAUGAGCCAGAUGGACUAAGGCACAAGGAAGCAUCCACAUCCAAACCCUCAGUUGGCCAGUGUUUUCCUGAUGGCAUCCGUAUCAUGGACCAUCCCACUAUGCCUGGCACACAAGUGGUUGUCAUCCCCAAAACUGCAGACCUUCAGAGUGUAAUUGGGGCCCUCACUGCCAAGGGGAAGGAGUGUGGCUCUCAAGGACCAAACAAAUUCAUCCUUCUAAGUGGUGGCGGCUGUAUCAAGGAUGGUGCAGAUUCUUUCUGUCAAUCUACCUAUAUGGGAGGUCGCAGCUCUGGUAGGAGUAGCAUAGCUCUUGUCACAGAGAAAGCAACAACAAUGGACUGCCUACAGGAUACUAAGACUUUAACUACAAUUAAACCAUUGAAUAGGGACCUUGAUUGCAGUCCACUAGAUGACAGCCUUACUAACAUUCAGUGGCUUGGGAGGAUGAAUACAGACAGUCUUGGACCAGAUCCUGCUAAGAAAGCUGCGAACAAAGAGAAUCAUGAUGCUUGCCAACAGAUUCUCCAGGCACAAAGUGAGCGAAUGGAAGCACACAGGGUUGUCAAAGACCCCUUGUCAGAGAGACCACCCUACUCAUACAUGGCGAUGAUUCAGUUUGCCAUCAACAGUAAGAAGAGCAGGAGGAUGACAUUGAAAGAGAUCUACACUUGGAUUGAGGACCACUUUCCAUAUUUCAGAAAGGUGGCCAAGCCAGGCUGGAAGAAUUCUAUCCGCCACAAUCUCUCCUUGCAUGACAUGUUCAUCCGUGAGACGACACAAGAUGGCAAGGUCUCCUACUGGACCAUCCGCCCAGAGGCCAAUCGCUGCCUUACUCUUGACCAGGUUUACAAGACUGAGUCUGAUCCAACUUCCAUCUCGCCUCGGACCAUGCAGGUCUAUGACCAACACGGAAGAGAUGUGAGGUGUAGGCAGAGAGAGGCAGACAUCACAGGACCACCGUACAUACAACAGAAGAGAAUUGCUCCUGAAAUCAAGAAAACAUCUGGCGGUGCCCCUGAGAGGAAGAUGAAGCCCCUUCUUCCUCGUGCAGACUCCUACCUAGUCCCCAUCCAGCUGCCUUUCACCCAGUCACUCUUCCUGUCCUCGUCCACACAGCUCCCUCUCUCUGCCCUCCAGCAGAAAUCUAGCUCCUCAGGAGGGGGCAAGAGGGUCCGUAUAGCUCCUAAGGUUACGUACAGUGAUGCCUCCACAGUGAUGCUGUAUGCUCCUCCCAUUGAGGAGAUGAAGGAGGAGCAGGUCUGUGUGCCCCUGACCCCCGUUACCCCUAGGGCUGUUCUGACCAACGCCAGGAGGGAAGCCAGCAGCUCCCGUCGCAAGCAGCGCCUCGUCCUACCUUCCAACGAGGAGCCCGUGCUCCUCUUCCCCGACAGCACCUUCUUCGACUCGGGCCUGGCCUCCGACGGCUCCGCGUUCCAGGACGCCGAGCUCGACCCCCGGCCGGAGCAUAACAGCCCCUGCAGGGAGUACUCUUUCAAGACCCCCAUCAAGAGCAGCCACCCAGCCUCCUCCACCCCCAGCAAGCCACCCACUGUGCUGCUAGAGCCCUGGAGGGUGACCCCGCUGGGCAAGGAGAGAGGUGGCAUGCUGGACUUCAGCCCCAUCCGCACCCCAGGCCCCAGCUUCACCCCGCACCACCAUGACCACACCCCCUUCAGCUUCAGUAGCACUCCCUUUAAGGACCUGCCCUUGUUCAACUCCCCUCGCAAGCUGCUCACCUCGGCACGUUCCUCAUCCGCGGCUGGCCCCACCGACACCUACUCCCCGGGGCCAGAGCGUCUGCAGGGCUGCUCCAGAGAGCUCCAGAUCGGGGGUCCCUCCACAGCCAACCGCUCCCUUACGGAGGGCCUGGUCCUGGACACCAUGAAUGACAGCCUGAGCAAAAUCUUAGUGGAUAUCAGCUUCUCUGGCCUGGAGGAUGAUGAUCUGGGUAUGGGGAACAUCAGCUGGUCUCAGCUCAUUCCUGAACUCAAGUAGCCACUGCCGAGCAGAGAGCGCGACCCUUUCCAAGUUCUUUGCUAGAUGAGAAGGAUGACAUAGUCUCAUCAUUACCCAAGCUGCUCACAUAUCGUCUUCCAAUCUGUAAAUGUGGGAGUUUUCUUUCUUAGAUUUUUCCUUUGUCAUUGGUUGAAUUUGUCUCUACUAACCUGUCUUCUUCCACUCCUUUUUUCUCUCGCUUGGUUGUUUCAUGCCACAAGCUUAAGCUACCAUAUUUUGAUAACAAUUCACUGCCUCCCAUGAUAGUCUUCAAGGAACUGCUAGAGAACAGAAAAGUAUGUCUGAGUUGUAUGUUGAUGUGUGUAGCCUACAUAGAAUAUGUAUGUUUAAUUUGCACAUUUUGUAAUAUGUUUUGCUCUUUCAAAUGUAAAUGUAUACAUUGAUGAUUUAUCUAACUAUCCAGUGAGACCGACACUACCAUGCUAGAAUAUAAGACCUGGUGCCUCUGAAAGUGAGGGAGUCUCCAUUUGAUUGGAUCUCUAAAAGGACGUACAGAUGAUCAACCACCAAUGAGGGAAAGUAAUAAAAUGACUAACAACAAGGACUGUCUACAGCCAAAGGAGAUGCCAUUUUUGAUUGACCAAGUCAACACUUACUCUAGUGCACUUUUGUAAUUUAUUCUGGGUAUGACACAUCAAUGUCCAAUCUGCUUUGUGAACUUGUUAAGACUGGUAGUAGUGAGUGAUUAACUAUGUAAAAGUAGUAUGGUGAUGUCAUCUAUUCCUAUCUUACUCCGUCUAUGUGUAGAAAGGAAAUAUUAGAAUAAAACAAAUGUAUGUUUGAAUUGUCAUUGGAAGUUUUUUGGCUCGAAGAUUAAACAUUUAAUGCAUGCGUUUUUUCUUGAUGAAAGGGUCACAAUUGUUACUUUGUUAUGGGAGAGGAAGACUGCAUCAUUUUUAUAUGAACAAUUCUAAACGAUGUAUGGCUUUCUACAGUUAUUCUCAGUUCCUUUGUUAGCAGUGGUGGACACAUUCAGGUUAAAGUUUGAGUAGCAUCCUGUCUCCUUGCUAGUGUUUAAUAUCAUGACAUGGGAUUGCUGGUGAUUGACUUGGCUUCAUAUUUUUACAGUUGGUGUCUUUUAAAUGUUUAAUGUGCCUUUUCUCUUUUUGGGUGAGUGUGCUGACUGUACAAUGAAACCCGGUGACUGCUGCUCCUUUUAACAUUGUUGGGGUUGGGUUUAGAUGUUUGAAUGGUCUUAACUUUGACUAGAUUCACACAGUCUUGGGUUUCUUGGCCCCUAUAAUAAUUGAAAGUAUGAUCAACUGGAAGAGGCAUGAACACCACAUAAUAUACAAUAACUUUUACAUUCUUGUUCAGUAUUUAUCACACGACCAGUACAGCAGACCCCAGAGCAAGGUUUGGGGAAAAGCUGACAUGGGUAAAUCUGCCAAUUUGGGAUGUUUUAAGACAACCAUGUCUUUUAUGAAUCCUAUGUAAAUUUAAUAAAUGAAUAAUAAUACA